AUGGAGCAUGAUCAAGAACAAGCCAUCAAGAACUUAGUUGUGUAUUGCUACAAAUUCUAUUCUGACAAUAAGGCAGAAUUAAAUAUUAUUAGUGAAUUUCAAGAUGAUUAUCGUCAAGAACAAGCAAUUUGGUGGUAUACACAAGAGUCUUUUGUGUACCAUAUGCUCAAUCGAGCACUUCGAACAUUGGAUGUCGAUACAAUCAUUAAUAUGGGAUUUUUUAUUCGUGAUCUUCACCAACAACUUCAUCAACUACAUGAACAACAAUUCCCAAAUUAUCAUGGUAGGCCUUUUAUAGUUUAUCGAGGACAGGCUUUGUUGAAAACUGAUUUCGACAAACUCAGAAAAACAAAAGAUGGUCUCCUGUCUUUUAAUAGCUUUUUAUCAACCAGUGCACAACCAGAUCUCCCUCUUGUUUAUGCCGAGAGUUCUUCAGGAAAUGUCGAUAAAGUGGGAAUAUUUUUUAUAAUGACUAUUGAUCCUCGUGUCUCAUCAACACCAUUCGCCUCUAUUAAGGAGGCUAGUUAUUACAGUGACGAAGACGAAAUACUCUUCUCCAUGCACACCGUAUUUCGAAUAGGUACAAUUAAACAAAUGGACAAUAACGAUCAACUUUAUCAAGUAGAACUUCAGCUAACUGCUGAUAAUGAUGAACAACUUCAACGAUUGACUAAAUAUAUAAGCAAAGAGGUUGGAGGCGACACAGGAUGGGAACGAUUGGGUAGCUUAUCACUCAAAAUAGGUCAUUUCGAUAAGGCUGAAGAACUAUAUAAAGUACUACUCGUGCAAACAUUGAAUGAAGAUGACAGAGCACUUUAUUAUAAUCAGCUUGGAUCUGUCAAACACGGACAAGGCGAUUAUGAACAAGCUAUUAAAUAUUUCAAACAAGGACUUGAGAUCGCCGAAGAAACUCUUUCUGCAAAUCGUCCUUCAUUGGCUGUUUCCUACAAUAACAUUGGUGAGAUGUAUAGAGAAAUGGGAGAGUACUCGAAAGCACUUUCAUUUCACGAAAAAGUACUUGGAAUCGAAGAAAAAACUCUUUCUGCUAAUCAUCCCUCAUUAGCUACUUCCUACAAUAACAUUGCUAGUGUCUAUAAUAACAUGGGAGAGUACUCGAAAGCCCUUUCAUGUUAUGAAAAAGCACUUGGAAUUCUAAAACUAACUCUUCCUGCAAACCAUCGUUCGUUAGCUACUUCCUACAGUAACAUUGGUAGUGUGUAUAAUAACAUGGGAGGGUACUCGAAAGCGCUUUCAUUUCACUAG